AUGUUUAAAAUCGAAUCCUAUUUAGCUCCCAUCUUGCUCAGUUACGUCAAUAAAUAUAUUAAGAACAUCAAACCAGAAGAUCUUCAGCUGUCAUUAUGGGGUGGUGAUCUGGUCCUGAACAAGCUGGACUUGAAAUUAGAUGUAUUAGAACAUGACCUGAACCUUCCGAUAUCGUUUGUGAGCGGGCAUAUCCAUGAGUUGCGUAUUCAUGUUCCAUGGCACAAGUUGAUAUAUGAGCCGGUUGUUGUAACCAUCAACACUAUCGAGUGCGUGCUGAAGCUACGUGAUGCUGCUGACAGUGACCGCAACAGUACAAGUUCCAAGUCCAGUUCAGUCGCGAAGAUCACCGAGAAGAAAUCUAAACCGAAAAAGGUUCACCAUGAGGAAGACAUCCCGCCGAGUUACGUACAAAUUUUGGUUAAUCGAGUAAUCAACAACAUCAAUAUUAUUGUGAACAAUUUAAUUUUAAAGUAUGUGGAAGAUGAUAUAGUUUUGUCAUUAAACGUCAAAUCUGCUGAAUCGUUUAGCGUUAAUGGAGACUGGGAGAGUGCAUUUAUUGAGUUAGCACAGCCGGAGCUGGUCUUGCGAAGGGUUUGUCAGUUCUCAGAUUUGACAGUGUGUUUAGAUAAGCGUAAUGCGAGCGGGAAGAUCGAAAUGUACCAGGAGCCGCUUCUGUAUAAAUGUUCGUUGAUGAUGCGGAUGCACAUGACAUUUGACAGCAUCAAUGCAAAGCGAGCGAGCGUUAUCAAGAUCAAUACUUUAUGCGAGAAGCUUGACAUAUCGAUGAGCGAUACUCAAUUACCAAUGUUUAUACGUUUAGUGCAAUUACUGAUGGCGUUGUAUUACGGUGAACUUGGUCCGCCACAUACUGAGAAUGAAGAAGAAGGUGACAGUCUUUUGGAAGCAACAACAAAUGAAGAAACAUCUAUGAAUUCACAGGAAAAUGACGGAGCUGAUGAAGAUGAAAACUCAAAUCCUGAAGGAUGGGCUUCAUGGGCGUGGUCCUACGUCCCACAAUUGGUCAUCAUUGAGGAUGAGGAGGAGUUAGAAACGUAUCAACAAGGGAGACCGAGGCCGAAGAAGAAACUGGAACUUCCUAUCUUGGCACUGGGAUUUUACUUCAACCACGUCAGAGUCACGUUCAAGCUGACGGAUGUGCGACAAGACAGUCCAUUUUACGGCCCACAGAAAAUAGUGUUCAAUCCAUUCAUGGGUCUAGCUAUAGAAGGUGCUUGUACUGAAAUCUUAUUAAAAGGAGAGCCAUUCUUCAAUGCCCAGGCUGGCUGUACAAAUGCUAGAGUCGUCGGUAUGGGGGACUGUGCAUGUGAACUUCCAGACUUACAAGAAGGACAUCAUUAUCAGCCGUUCUUGUACUGCGGAGAUUUCAAUAUUGAGAAGAAACAAGAGAAUUAUAUAACUGGGUCACUGUUUGAUGGAGAGAGCCCCGAAAACAAUGCAGAGAGAACCAUGUUCAUAUUUGACUUGGAGCAACAUCAAAUGAAAUAUUCAGAGUCCUGGGCCUUGCAGAGAUUUGGGGCGUUCUGGUUGGAUUAUAUAUUUACCAUGGAUGUUAAAGAUGAUGAAGGUAGCAGAUCAUCGUCACGGCACAGCAGUGAAGCGCAGUUUCAUACAGUGAAAGAAAUGUCUUCAAAUAAGGUGUUGUUUGGACCGUCUACGUGGAACAUUAACAGCAGCGCUGUCCACCGCUUGCAGAAGUUUGUAUUCUGUGCUAAUGAUCACGAGUAUGAGCCGUACAGCAGACCGAAACCAGAAAUUGUUGAUGAGAAUCGACCAGUCCCAAGCAUCGACGAAGUGGCAGCUUUGGAAGAGUAUAUUCCAAUUAGAUCGUUGCAUGUAACGUUUCUGAAUGUUAAUGUAUCAUUAUCGAUGGCGGAACACCCGCAGUGUGAAAUUAAAAAGAAAAAGAUUGUCUUGAAACAGAGAAAAUCACACAGAAAGGAGUCAUCAAGAAGGAAACGAGAGCUGUCCUUAUCGUAUCAGCCAAUUUAUCCACUGCCAGCAUGUCAGCUGCUAGCUGACCGCAUUGACAUUCAAAACACGCUCCCCAUGUAUGGUAGAAGUCUUGUCAAAUCAGUCAGUAAAUUAUCGCAGCCGAGUGGAAAUCUGUUACAUCAUUGUUAUGCGCAUAUGUAUAUUAAGGUCUUUGGAUGUCAAGUUGGGCUAACUACAAUAGGACAGUCAUGUGACAAUCCUUUGGUUCUCAACAUACUCCCAUCAUGCAGUGCUGCAGUGUACAAGAAAACAAUCAAGUUCCCUAUGUACUGGUCAAAUCCUGCUUUAGUGAAAUCUGAAUUAUUAAUUGAGGUGCCUCAUUUUGGGGUCAAUUCAACUAAAGCACAAGUAAUCCUGCUUCACAAUAUAAUUGAGAGUUGGCAAGCUCCAAUUCCUAAUUUAGAGCAGUUGUCACAUGACACGUUAAUGGACGAUGUUUUCAGACCGACAGAGGACGGUCGUGACAGUACCACACCGUUAUUCUAUGGACCCAUAGACAACACUGGAGUACAUACGGUAGACUUCUACAGAUCACCAUUAUCUGUUCCUGCCGCAGAUUCAAACUUACCGGACUAUGAUAACGAUAUUUUCACUUUCACCGUCCAGAUACCGAAGGAUAAAGAUGCUGGCGAUGCUUGUGGUCUAUGUUUACUGAGCAUCCAUGGUACGUCUGUCUGUGUCGAUCCAAUCUUGUAUUCGUGGCUGACGUAUCAACCGAGCGAGAAGAUCAUCCCGUUGUUGACCAAGCAAGAUAGUAUCAUAACGUUGACUACCAUGUCAACACACGGAUCUAAAUCGCAGGAACAAAUACACAACACAUCAUCACAAGAUUCCACUCAUUCAAGCAGCUUAAGACUAUCAAAGCAAUCUGAGAGUCAAUCACCAUCACAGCCAACACCGUCUCCAACGGAAACCACUCAAGAUGCUCUAAAAACUAAGAAAAAUAAAGAUGGUAUGCCUAAUAUCGUGGAAAUCUGGACCAUUAUAAAACAGUUACAAGUCCAGGUUGAAAUGAAUUCGUGUAGCAUCUAUUUGCCAUCCAGUCAUAUGCAGCUCAACACUAUGUUGUACAAACACAAUAUUCCCCAAGCUUUUCAUGCCGCUGUGCUUUCGUCGGAAUCUCUUUACCCACCGUCUGCAGUUAUCUGUCUUCCUUCUGUGAAAGUGAUCAGUGCCGGGCACAAACAUAUCUCACCGUUACAAGAAAUUCCGCUGGAUCAAUUGGACGUUCCUAUCGAGACAGGUGGGGAUAAAUUACCAUGGUCAAUAAGUUUUACAAAUUUCAGCUGUUACACAAUACUGGAUUCCCAGAGGGUGUAUUACAUGGUAAAACCAAUGGGAGUGACUUCUACUUUAGCUGUUAGCACAGUUGAUGGUACCCCCUCUGGGAUCAAAUCAACAUUAGGUCUAUGUUUACACGCUGAUAUGCAAGCUGUAAUGCUGAAUUGUUCCCAUGAGCAGGUUAAUUUGAUAUAUACGUUAGUAAUGACAGCUGUAUCCACUGCAAAAAAUGUGUUGACUAAGAAGACGUCCAUUCCGUCGCCCCCGUCAAGUAUGCAGCCAAGUCCGGGAGUGAUAGUUACAUCUGGUAAGCAACCAAUCAAAACGGUCCAAAGUACAACUUCUUCCAGCGCUGUCGAGAUUGAUGCUCCGAUUGAGCCAGCAUCGGCUGACGAGACUGGGACGUCAACAGGGUUGUCCUGGGAAGAGGAUGGAUGUAAGACCAGUGGGAGGAAGAGUGCAAGGAUCUCCCUAUGGAUGCAAUGGACUGUGCCAAAACUCACUGUUAAUCUUUAUGGAGAAGAUUCUAAAAUUGAAAAUAGAGAAAUCAAGAUAAUAUCUGAGUUGGAAGAUUUGAGUGCGUCCAUAGAUAUCCAAGACGUGUACAGUAAAGUCAAGUGUAAAAUUGGAACUCUGAAUGUGAAUCACUAUAACAAAAGUAAUGAUGUUUGGAAACCUGGCGCCUUCAACGGGGUGUUAUUCUCGUGUACUGAGAAAAUUAACCGUAACACUGGAGUAAUGAAGCAACAAACUGAGAUGGAUUCACCCUCACCAUUCAAGAGUCCGUUUUCUACUGCACCACUAAAGUCGCAAGAUAAUGCCGGCUUUCUGUCAGUCACUUUCACAAGUGCUCUGUCAAAGUCUGUCAGACAGAAGAUGUUUGGACUAAAGGGUGAAAAAGGCGCGUCUAAAUUCACCAAUUACAUCAAUGAAAUUUGUCUGAACAUUCAGCCAUAUGAUAUUGUAUUAUGGUGCCCUACAAUUGUUACAGCACUGGGCAUUUUUGUUGUAAACAAAGAUGGCAGUCAUUCUGUUAAAGGUCAAAAGGUCACAAUGGGUCAGAGGUUGAGAUCCACAGAUCACAUGUCUGAAAUCACUGUCAGCACAAACGAAUCUGGUUCGAGGAAGCGAUUAAGAACUCGAAAGAGGAAGGAAACUUCUGAUUUAUUUCCGUUUUCAACAAGGAAUCUUCCCUUGUUGUAUGUGAAUAUGAGUGAAUUUAGAUUGUUUGUGCCGUCUGGGUCUAAAAAAUCGGAAGAUUCGUCAAAGAAAUGUGAUUUGGAUACCGUGCUGAUGCAGGUCAGUUCUGUGAGCCUUGUACCACAUGCAGAUAACCCACUCUCAAGACUUGUAUUAAAGAAAGACAUUUACAGGCAUGCAAUGCAUGCUGGGAUCUUACAGCAGCCAGGGUCUGAGGUAGAGGAUCGGCAGUAUCAAUUGGAUAUCAGUGGGAUGAGCCUGUGUGUUGUAUCAUGGGAAGAGCUUGUGGGCAGUGAACAAGGUAACAGUAUGAUGUCGCUGGGUACUGAAGAAUUAACCAUGGGUCAAAAUCCUGCACUUGAAUGGAACACUGCAUUAGCAAGGAAAAGUCCUCAGGGCAUCCGACUGAAUCCUGUUGUGUUGGGAUUUGAUGUGAGGAUUGUAGCAGCACCUGCUGUAAUGUGUGAUAAACAGACACCAGAGGGCGGUAUGCCAGAGACUGUCACUGUUUGCGGACAUUCAUUGGAAAUCAAUAUGACUACAGACAUGGAAGUUUACCUCAGCACGGAACAAGUCCAUCUUGCUGAAUGCAUCGUCAAUACGAACAUUAUGACGAUAUUGAAAUCUGCAGAAAAACAAACGAUUGGUCAAGGUGAGAUUGAAAGUAAUAAAGUUAGUAAUGCCUAUGAAGAUGGCAAAGCUUCACAAAUUGAUGACAGUGGAAUCGGCAGCGAAAGUUCAACGGUGUUCCGGAUACCGUCAAGUUCUACCAGGAAAGGUAAACGUCAAAUGGCACCACAAAUGGCAACGUUACAUGAACGGAGUGGGAGAUCGGUGUCGUUUACCCCGUUUGAUGUGUUAUUAACGGCCGGGAAGCUGUCAGUACUGUUGUAUUCCAUGGAGGAAGUUUCACAGAGUGGCGAAAACCAAGAGAAUUCAUCUGGGAAAAUGAAAUUCCAGCAAAAGAGUAGUCCGAACAGUAAAAGCACCAGAGGGUGUGAGCUGAAAGCACCCGUGAAGGAUAACAAAAAGUUACCAAGAAAGCUAUCUGGUCAUGUCGAGAAGACAAGACGCGGGAGUGCUCAUAUGGAUUCGCCAUCUUCGGGAAGAGUCGUAAAGCCUUUCCUGUACACUGUAUUCUCACAGCCGCAUACAAUUUUUUCGAUUGAACAAAGGCAGCAACGAGUUGAGCUCUCGUGCUAUGAUUUCACUGUUCGAGGAGUUGCUGCAAAUUACCAGAACACAGAUACUGGUAAAAUUUUACCGGAUCCAUCAGAUUAUGGUGUGCAAUGGUUGGAAACUUGCCAAGGUGAACCAGAUCCUAAAACUGGUAUACUGCCCUCACUGUAUACACUCACUGUCAAUGAUUUCAUGUUUAAACCAGCAAAUGUCAAAUUGAACAUUGCUCGGCCGCUAAAGUUAAAUCUAAGCAUCACUAAAGUGGACGAAGUAAUGGAAUUUCUAGGAAAGUUGUCUCCCAAGACGACGGAUAAUACAAUGAUGCUAAAGAAAGAUCUGGCAUCACCAGAUGUUUCACAGCAAGAAACUGAGAAACACGAAACUGCGCCACCAGAGUAUGUACCAGGAAAUGCAGGGGAUGUCAAAAAUGUUAAGACUGGUGCUGGUCGCCGUGACAAUGUCUUCCCGAUUAUCAUCCCGAUGCCGAGUGCUGACCAGAAUUCCACAACUUCACUGUCUGUUGGCUCCUAUAGAAAGAAGAAUCUAAGUCGGGCACAAGAUGAUUCUGUCACUAUGGUGGAAAUGAUACUGGCACAGUUGGAUACAGUAUUGUUCCAGGCGUGCGAAUUUGUGGUUGUCGUGGCAACAGUUCCUCAUCCAAACUUUCCACAUGCUGUGUUUUCUCUGGGGAAUAUGUCAGGCGAAAUGAGUGUGAAGUCAAAGUCAAAUGGUUUGAUUGAAAAAGUAAAUGCAAUGAUAAAUCUGAAUGAAAUUGCUCUGAAAACCUCCCUCCAACAUAAAAGCCGUCCACUGAUUGGUCCAGUCAACACCACCAUGUUACUUGAUGCUGAUUGGUGUAUGCACAGUGGGUCUGAUGAAAAGUUAAACUUACCAAAGAUUGCAUUCAAUGUUGAAUGUGGGCUUAUUCAGCUGCAAAUAGGACUGGCACAAUUCAACUGUAUUGAGAUGAUGAUGAAGCAUGUUACAGAGUACUUAGAAAAAAGUCGAAAAAUCACCGGGGUAAAAGAAAGCAAAACAAAUAAGGAAAAAGUUGUUGAUGAAGAUUCAGAUAGUUUAGCUGAGAAAAAUUCCAUCAAUAAUGACAUUGUUUCAUCUACUGAUGAUUUGAGAGUUGGUACAUUCCAGUAUAUCACUGAUAAAGAUGGUAUGAAUAUUCAACCCAAGCCAAAUGAGAUUGUCUUCUGUAGUUAUAGUCCAGAUAGUCUUGGCACAAUGACGUGGUGUUACAAGGAACCAAGAGUGUUGACGUAUGUAGCAGUAACGCCAGUGCCGUUUACAACUAGUGUCGGUUCUGAUCUUAGUAAUUCAAGCCAUGUAGACAAACAGAUACCAUGCACCAUGGAAUACUGGGACAAUUUGAAGAAGUCAUUUGUGGUUUAUAAACAGUUGUUUGUCGCAGAGGAUCAAUCGUAUCAAGUAAAGCUACCAGAUAUCAAAGAUGCCACCACAGCCAAUGAAAAUAUAGCAGCAGAGAUGUGGAGAGUUGUGUUGCAUUCUGGGAAUUACCAAGAAGACGAUUUAAUUGAUGAUGACACAUCAUCCGUGCAUGCCUUCACCGAUGAGCCCCCGAUUUCUCCCAUGGCUUUGGCUGCGUCAAUGCGAGUGGAUUCGUGCUUUGCUGCGAAAUUUGUCCCCGCAUUCUCUGCAUCUUUGAACUUCACUAUCAUACAGAUAAAAUGCAGCAACCAUAUCAAGUACGCUGGCACUGCAUCGCCAGUUAAACUAGACCCAUAUGAAUUUGAUGGGACUGCCCCAGUAGAUCAAGAAUUUAUGGUGGUUACUCUCGAAGGACCAUCGGCGUUAGUCAACUGCUGGAGAGGAGACAAUACAAGAACCCACAUCCAGAUAUCCAGCUCUUUGCAGUGUGACCUACUGGAGUACAGAAAUCUGACGAUGCAGUCUGUUAUUGAGACCUUUGAUAUGAUUGGCAGUUUAUAUAUUAAACCCAAUGCCAUUGGAUUGCAGUUGUCAGUGGAGCCUGUGUUCGUUAAAAUUGCCCAAAGUGCAGUGCAUACAUUGAACUUGGCAGUGCAGACAUUACUACAGAAUAACAAACCCGAGAAAGAACAGCUUCUCUACAAUUAUUACGUGAUAUGCAAUGACACACAGGAGACGCUACGCUUUGGUCAGGUGUCUACAGAUGAAUCUAUUAUACUGGAAAGCAGAAAAAUGCAUGCAUACAGCUGGAGAACUCAUAAAUCUGCACAGCAACUACAUGUGUGUAUAGAAGGAUGGGGUAACUGGCGAUGGGUGGAGCCAUUCAAUAUCGACGACACUGCAACUACGAUCCGUACUAUACAACACAAGGGCAAAGCAGCUACGUUGUUUGUCAAAGUCAAGCAACUAUCGCCACUUCAGAAGCAGGUUAUUAUCAGCGGAAGACAGUGGUUCUCGAGUCGCUUGACCAAAGACUUGGAAGUUCAGCUGAUCAGAGUUUCUAACGUAGGGUCCCGAACUAUGCAAAGUAAACACACUCUACAUCUACCGGCCAAAACAUCUAUCCCAUCAUGCAUUAUUGAAGACGAGGCGGUUACAGGAGUCAGAGUGAGGCUGUCUGAUGUGAGCUGUGAUUGGUCAGAACAGUUUGCUAUCAGUGGUGAAAUGAGUAAAACAUGCACAUUGAUUAAGAUUCCUUGUACUGGUAAAAAACAUAUCUACAUCUGGUGUAGACUAUUUACAGACAAUCAACAGAGGCUGGUUCUCUUCAGCCCGUUAUUUGUUGUUCGUAGUCACCUGCCGAGACCGGUAGUAAUGAACAUAGAGACGAGUAAAACCAAGUCAAUACGCCAUUACAACAUUUCAGAUCAGGGACAGAAUAUAUCCUUAUAUGAUCUGGAACCAGAUAUCUGGCAUUAUGUUACAUUUCAACUCAGUGCAAAAUCAGCAUUAUCACACCCACCAGUUUCAAUAUCAACUCAACAAAUCAAUGAGAUUCAUCGAGAACCGCCUUCUGAUAUAGAUAUUGAAUCGCUGUGUUACAACUGGGAACAGAAUCUGUCUGAGUAUUGGCCUUACAAUACGUUGGACUACGAUGAAAGUUUUAUCACAUUUGAUCGAGAUAUUAUACAUGAAAUAAAAUCUCCGUUUGGUGUUGAAGGUGAAUCAUCGAUGCAGCUUUCAAACAUCGACCUCAAGGUCAACCUCUCUCAGUGUUGGUGCAUGUUGAAUACUUUGCUCAUUGAUGUAAAACCAUGGUGUCUUAUGGUCAAUGAAACACAGCUCGAAUUAAAGGUCUUGGAAGAGGAUGAGAUCCCUCUAGUGGUGAAACCAGGAAAUGUUGUGACGCCACAAAAUUUUCAGAACCAGAUCGCGGAGAAGUACAGAUUUUGUUCAAACUUGGUAUCCACAGUGAACAUUAUUGUAGCUUGA